UCCAGCGACCUUCUGCCUGGCUUCAACAGUAUUGCUUCCGGUUCAAUUCUACGUUGUUUAUUCGAUCAGCUGUUUUCAUCUUCCGUGUGGCGUAAUAUCAACAAUACCGGCUCUGUCAUCUCAUGGACACGGUGCAGCAUUUACAAAGAUGAGACGGGUCUCCUAGAGCGCUCAAAUAGCCCCUGUACGAAACUUGUCAGAUGGCCAACACAAAGAAUGAAAGUGUUGCAAAUGGGAAAUCCCCCUCUAGUGAGGAUUCAGCCCCGGGGCCACCUGACGGGGGGUGGGGCUGGGUGGUGACAUUUUCCUCCUUCAUGAUCAGCUUUUUAGUGGAUGGAGUGUGUUUCACUUUCGGACUUCUAUUUACGGAGUUUCUUGAAUACUUUGGGGAGAGCAAAGGAAAAACCUCUCUUCUAGGGUCCGUUUUGAACGGAGCCUAUCUUUCUCUAGGACCUGUGGUGGCAGCUUUCUGUAAUCGGUUCGGAUGUCGUCGUGUGGCCAUUGCAGGCGGAAUCACGGCAUUCCUGGGAUUCUUCCUGUGCUCGUUCUCUCCUAAUUUGGAUGUCAUGAUAUUUCUGUAUGGAUUUGUUGGAGGGGCAGGGUUUGGAUUUAUGUAUCUGCCCUCCAUUGUCAUGGUGGGUUACUAUUUUGAGAAGAAAAGAGCAUUUGCAACAGGAAUCGCCGUGUGUGGAAGCGGUAUCGGGGGCUUUGUUUUCGCGCCAUUAACGGCAUUUCUGUUGGAGAAGUUUUCCUGGCAGGGAACCCUAUGGAUCCUCUCUGCGCUUGUUCUAAAUGGGGUAGUAUGUGCCCAAGCGUUUCGGCCUUUAUAUGAAAAGAAGAAAGCUGAGAAAAAGUGUUCAAAAAGCAUCAAAUCAAAAGAUCAGGCGUUGAAGCCAUUUUCUGCCCUCGAUCUGGAGCUUUGUAAGAAGCAUCCUAUCUACAAAUGCAGAUCUGUUGAAGCUGUACAUGAAACUAACGGUAAAAAUGAUACGGUUGUUCGACUCGCACAGAGUCAAGACAUUUCAACGCUUCUUGACGUAAAACAUCGCCACGAACGUCAUCAUUCCGACACGUUAAAGCCGCUGGCGAGAAAAGAUAUUUUCUACAGUGGUAGCCUGAAAAAUAUUCCACACACCGUAGAGGGAGGGGCCAGGGCGAGGGUCUCCACACACAGUUUACCUCAUAAUAAUCAAGAUGACGUGGAAAGCGUCGGCGAUGACGAGAACGCCUGUUCCAAGGUUGCCAAAUCAUUAGCGUCUUCCUUUGAUUUUAGUCUCCUAAAGAGUCCUACUUUUAUCUUAUAUGGAACAUCAUGCUUUCUUUGUAUGUUUGGGUUUUUCAUUCCAUUCAACUUUUUACCAGACCUGGCAAAGGAUCUCAAACUCGACAAAACCCAGGGAGCUCUCCUGAUUUCCAUUAUCGGGGUGAGCAACACGGUCGCCCGGCUCGUUGUGGGCUUCGUGACUGACAGACCGUGGGCGAACUCCCUCGUCAUCAACAACCUCGCUUUGAUGAUCGGUGGGAUCACGACCUUUGCUGUUCCUUUUUACAACAGUUUUGCUGUUCUAAUAAUAUACAGUAUUGUUUUUGGUGCUUCCAUAGCGGCGUUUGUGUCCCUUCGUUCUAUCAUCAUGGUGGAGUUGAUGGGGAUAGAGAGAUUGACGAACGCCUUCGGACUGGUUGUGCUUUGUCAGGGAUUGUCCUCAUUUAUGGGUUCCCCUAUCGCUGGGUCAUUAUCGGAUCAAACAGGUACUUACAAUAUCACCUUUUACCUGGCCGGUGUGACCAUGUUUUUGGCGGGAGCUCUCUGCGUGCCCCUCAGGAGGGUUGCCCGGUGGGAGGGGCUCCAGACGACGGUGAUACAGACCGAAGUUACGGGGGACGAGCCCGAACAGUCACCCAUGCUCAACGAAAAAUCUCAGUGACGUCUAUACAUCGAAGACAUUCCGACAUUUUGUCACUUUAGUCUGUGUUGAGCUCAUUGUAAAUCUCGAUUUAUAUUGUGUUGUAUUUUUGAGUAGGUUUAUCAAUAACGUUUUUUAUUGAAAUUGUGAUGAGUUUACAUUGUAUGUAUAAAGUAUUCAGUAUUUUGCAGGCAUGUUGUAUCAGCAUGAUGCAUGGUAUAUGGUUCUUGACGCCGUUAAUGCGAUUCUGUUUUAUGAUUUGGAUUCACAACUCUUUACUUCUAUUGUUAUUUUAGUAUUUUUUAUUUGUUAUCUAGAAAUUUUGUUAUGCCAUGUAUACCCCACCCCUUCGAUUCUAAAUGACAUUAAUGUUAACAAUUAACUUUCGAACAGGUUCAAUUUCAUAGAGUAAAUGUUAAAGGUUUGGGGGUUUUCGUUGACAUACAAAAAAAAACCAAUUUGUAUGAACAAUGUCAAGGUUUAUAAGACUUUUACAGUAUGAAAAAUGUUUUCAACUACCGGGAUAAAAUUCAUAAACUUGGUCUCGCCCUUGUCAGUAUGGGUGAUAUACUUUGCGUACUGUUUGAAUGAGUUCGUUUUUAGAAUAUUGUUAAAUUGUUAAUAAAUCUAUUGAAACUUCUAGAGAAUUGCACUUAAAAAAUUACUUAGGGGAUAUUGUGUACGUACAUGUACGUUUGUGAAUAUUGUUUUGUCCCACGUUUCAUGUCUAAAUACAAAUUAUAAAAUAGACUUCUAUCUUUAAAAACAAUCCUAUUUUUACUAGUAUUGCAUUCACUUUUUAUUGAACAUGUUCAAUUAGCAUAUUAUGUAUAGCUAAAAAAGAAAAACGAAUGAUCAUGCACUUUCUUGUACAGUUUAAGUUAAAGAUUUCAUAUUUUGAUUUCGCUCGCAUGCUUGUUGUGAGGUGAUUGACUUUGGAGACAAUGCUUUUGCUAAAAUAAAAUGAGGCAGUGUGA